UUGGGCGGUUAGGCCGGCUUGGUUAAUUGUGGACAAAUAAAAGUGAUGUGAAUUUGAGAUGUUUUUAUAAAGAUUCUUGUUAAAUUUAUAUUUAUAAUUUUUUUUACAUAUUUAAUUUAUAUAUAUCAAUUUAACAUAAAGUUAAAAUAUACAUAUUGAAGCUGAUAUCACAAGAAUAAUUCAUCAUGUCGGACAACAUCAAAGUUGCUAUUAAAGUUCGUCCUUUGAUUAAAAGAGAAGAAGAUGAACGGCUUCCAAUUCAAUGGACAGUGGAGGGUAACUCUAUUUCCCAAAUAGACCCCGAAACACAGAAACGCAGUGAAACACAAUUUCAUUUUGAUUACAUAUUUGGCAUGCAUAACACGAAUGAAGAAGUAUUUAAUGCAACUGCAAAACCUAUUGUUGAAGCUGCAAUGAAUGGAAUCAAUGGGACUAUCUUUACUUAUGGUCAAACCGGAUCUGGCAAAACUUAUACAAUGUUAGGAUCUAAUGAUGAAAAAGGAGUUAUCAGAUUGACUGUUGACUAUAUUUUUAAUUUUAUUCGAACCGAUUUGACAAGAAAUUACUUAUUACGAGUUUCGUACAUAGAAAUAUAUAAUGAAAAAAUUAAUGAUUUACUUGACAGAAAUAGAACUGACUUAAAAGUUAAAGAAGAUUUUCAGGGACAUAUCACUGUAGAUUGUAAGGAAGAAGUAGCAAAUUCUCCUGAGAGUAUUUAUCUUGCUAUGAAAAGAGGUGAAAAAGUUAAAAGAAUAGGAGAAACGAAUAUGAAUGAACGCAGCAGUAGAAGUCACACAAUAUUCCGUAUUAUUAUUGAAAGUUGUGACAAAAAUGAUGCAGACAAAGCACAAAUGGAAGCUCAACUUAAUCUAAUAGAUCUUGCUGGUUCUGAGAGAGCUCGAUUAACAGGAGCUACAGGAGAACGUUUUAAUGAAGGACGACAUAUAAACUUAUCUCUAUCAACGCUAUCUUUAGUUAUUAAACAACUUAGUGAGACUAGUAGUUGUUCUAAAUUUAUAAAUUAUCGUGACAGUAAACUUACUAGAAUUUUACAACCAUCACUUGGUGGAAAUGCUUUGACUACUAUUAUUUGUACAGUAACACCUGCCGCUCUUGAUGAAACACAAUGUACUCUAGACUUUGCUGUGAGAGCCAAAGGAGUAAAGAAUAAGCCUCAAGUUAACGAAGUAAUUUCAGACAAGGCAUUAUUGAAAAAAGUAAUGCGUCAAGUUCUUAAACUUCAAAAUGAAUUGAACUCCAAAAAUUCACAAAUUGAAGGAGCAAAAAAAAGAGAAGAUCAGUAUAGGGAAGAAAUUCUAAGAAUGCGUAUUAAUAAUUUAUGGUCAUCUAUGGCUUCAGCUCCAUGUUUAAAAGAAACUCGUCGAAGACGUACAUGGGCUGGUGGACAAUCUGAUAAAAUUUCUUUAAAUAAAUCACACAAUUUUAUUCUUCCAACUAUAGAUGAACAUGUAGAGAAAUUAAAUUUAAACACAAAACAUGAACAAUCUCUUAUGGAUUUAGAACUAAAUGAUGUUUUUAAAACAGAAUUACCAGAUUUCGAGUUGCAGUUAAUAAAAGAUCAACAGGAAAAAAAUCGUUUAUCUUCACUUAGUGAUGACGGAUUUUUGCCUCCAUCAUUAACAGUUCGAGAAAAUCGUAAUGAAUUACUAUCUCCCGUUGAUGAUUCAUUUGAUCUCGAGGUAACUCCAGAAAAAAAUUUACAAAUACCUCAAGAGAAGUGUCGGUGUGCAAGAUCUCCUGGUACUCCAAAGGUUAUAUUACGUGAAAAAUUAGAAAACUUACAGUCUGAAUAUAAUGCUCUUCGUGAAUUCACUCUUUUAGAAAAACAAACAUAUCAGAAUAAUUUAUCAACUACUAAUUCAUCCCAAAAUCUAGAUGAUAUAGAAUACAUAAAAAAAUCUUUGGAGGAUAGUGAAUUAAUGUGCUUAGAUGCCUGUAAAAAAUAUGCUCAACUUCAAAGUGAGCACACAAUUCUUCAGUCCAAGUAUGAAGAAAUACAAAAUGAACGUGCAAAAUUAUUAGAAGAAAAUCAAUCUUUGAUUGUUAUUCGUGAUAAAUUCGAGUCAUUAGAAUCUGAAAAAAAUGAUUAUAAAAAUAAAAUGAACGAAGCGUUGAAAAAAUUAAAAAAUCUUCAAGAUGAAGCAGCUUCUCAUGAAUACGAAGUGGAAUGUCUAAAAGAAAAACACAAGAAUCGAGAAAAAGAAUUAGAAAUGUCAUUAAAUCUUGCAUGGAAUGAUUUUAUCGAUCCUGAAGAAAAGAAAAAAUUAACUGAUGUAGUUCAUCUUCAGUCAGCCCUUCGUGUACUGGAAGAAAAAGUAGCAUCUUUAAAUAAUACACUAUCAGUAGAAAAAUAUGAGAAACAAAUAAAAGAACUUGAAGACGUUAUCGUAAAUAAGAUAGCAGAAAAUGAAGCAGAGGUGAACAGAAAUCUUGAAUUGACUCAAAAACUUGAAGAAACAACCAAAAAACUUACAAUAAGUGAAAAUUUUGUUGAAGAUUUAAAAAUUAGUACAGAAAAACUUCAAUUAGAGUUAAACGAGAGAACAAGAGAAAUUUUAGAAAUGAAAAAGCGUAUAGAUGAAAACGAUAGUGUUAUGGAUAAAGUUAGCACGACAAUUGAUAGUGAAGAAUUUCUUCCAGCAUUGAGUGACAUUGCUAUUUCAAGAAAUAAUAGUCAUAAUGAUUUGUUAGACGCAGAUUCUAAGUCAAUUACGGAUCAAAACCAACCAGAUUUAUUAAAGAAUAUGGUUGAAGAACAAAAAAUUGAGAUCAUAAGAUUGGAAAAAUUAUUAGAAGAAAAGACGCAUGAAUUUUCAUCAUUACAAGAGAAUAUUAAUGAGCUCCAGAUACUGAAUGAUAAAUUAAGAGACCAAUUAGCUGCUAUGCAGAGUGAAAAAACUUUAUAUGAGGGCGAAAAAACUUCGUUGCAAUUGAUAAUUAAAGAUAAAGAUGAUCAACUCCAAAAAUUGAUCAAAUUAGAAACUCAUUUAUCUUACGUUGCAGCGGAAAAGGAAGCUCAUGAAGAUACGAUAACCGAAUUGCGUAGGCAGCUCAAUGAAAAAAUUUUAGAACUUGAAGAAUUCCAGUCUCAUAAUUAUCCUGGUGAGAUAAAGAAUCUUAAUAUUUACAUAGCAGAAAUGGAAUGUUUUAUGAAAAAAAUAACAAGUGAAAAUGAUAAUUUGAAAGAAGAGAUGGAAAAAAUUUCGGCUUCAUUAACAACAAUUGAAACUGAAAAAAAAUCUUUACUUAAUGAACUUGAAACACUAAAACAACAGCUUAUAGAUUCAAAGAAUAAUGAAGAACUAACUGAAAUGCAAAAUAUCGUAAAAGCUCUUCAAGAUGAAAACAAAGAUCUGAAAAAUGAAAAAGAAGAAAUGAAUAAAUUACUGAUGAUGAAAAACACGGAAGUUAAGAAUGAGCUUCUGGCAAGUGAUUUCGAGUCCUCAAACCAGCAGAUUUCAGAUGUAGUAAGUGCUCAGGAAAUUAAACAGGCUGAUAACAAUCAAAUUUUGACAUUGAGUGAUUCCAAAUACACUUCUCGAAUUUCAGAAGUAAAACCAUUAAAUAUUCUCGAACUUUCGAAUCAUGUGGCCAAUAGUCAUGAAGAAAUUAACCAGUGUUUAAAGCAAAAUUCAACAGAACUUGAAACUAGCAGUAUUUUUGCUAAUGGCAGUUAUUUUGAUAAUAUGACAGAUAUAUCCGUAGUUCCAGGUGAUACAACUGAUUCAAUGCUACUUCAAGAUAUAACAAUAAAUCAAAGUAAUGCUAACAAUACUCUUGUAUCUGAUGUCAAAAUUGAAUUCGAAGAAACGAAAAAUCCUCUCAAUUAUACUUACGCUGAAAUAAUUAAUAAUCUAACAGAGAUUAAAGAUUAUAAAAAGUUAAAUAUACUUGUCAAUGAAUUGUAUCAAAUGAGUAAAACAUUGAGAGAGGAAAACGACAAGUUAAGAAGUAAUUUACAAUCGAAAAUCCGUGAAACUGAUGAAAUUAGUCAUGAUGUUGGUGCUUUAAAAUCUGGAAUACACGAGUUGCAGAAAACUGUUCUUUCAUUAACGAAUGAGAAUGCAGACAUGGGGAAGAGAUUAGCUGAGGAAAGAGUACAUGCUGAUGAAAUUCAGAAUAAAUUUAAAAAAUUAGAAGAAGACUUGAAAAUACAGAUAAGAAAUCUUGAGAAUGAAAAGCAAAGUCAAGAAAAUAAUAUCCUUGAAUUGAAAGAAAAGCUGGAAAAUAAAGACGUUAGGCCAUAUCUUGAUGAAGAAAAAUUAAAUAAAAUGGAAGAAAUAAUUAAAAAAUAUGAAGAAAAGUUGCGAAAUUUAACCAAAGAAAAUGAGUCUUUGUCUUCUAAUUUAAUGGAAAAAAUUGAAGAGCUAGAAAACAUCAGAUUAAGCAAAUCUCUUCAAUAUGAUCAUGAAUGUAAAUACCGUGAAAGAAUUGAUUAUUUUAUUGAGAAAAAUACCAUACUUGAACGAGAAAAUGAUGCAUUAUCACAGAACUUAAUCGAAAGGAUUGAAGAAGUAGAAAUUUUAACAAAAGCUUUGAAGAAUAAUGUUAGCGAUGAAAUACAAAAAGAGGUUGAAAAUGAGCUCGAAAAGUCCAAAACAUUAGAAAAUUCUAUGCGUGAGAAAAUGAAUACCUCGAAUACGUCUUUAAUUGGUGAUAAAAAUAUUAAAAUUAAUUCCAACUCUUCUUUAGUUCUAGAAAAGUCUCUUCAUGAUAUUAUUACUCAGUACGACGAAAAUGAAAUUCUCCAUCAAAAAAUUCGCAAGUUACAAGAUGAAAUUAAUGAAUUAAAGGCAUUGAAUUUAAAAUUGAGUAAUUUACAUCUUAAUUCCUGUAAACAGUGUAUUCAUUUAGCAGCACUUAACGAAACACGUCUGACUUUGAAACGUGAAAUUAAAUCGGUCAAUAAAAGAUUACAAAAUUAUAAAGAAAACUUUGAGCUUGAACGUGCUAAUGGCGAGAGAUUAAAAAAUAAAGCUGAUGAAGAUAUGAACGUUACUGUUAACCAAUCAUACUUUAAUAAUAGUUACUUUGAAGGAGUUGAAGAAGUCGAUGCUGAACAGCAAGUUCAGAAAAUGCAAACAGAUUUAGAGAACCUUCGAGAAAAAUGUCAGAGUCUGUCACUAACUUGCAAAGACAAAUUUAAUGAGCUUAAUGAAUGUCGUGAUAGUAAUUUAUUGGAGUCGUUUCUGACUAUGACUCCUGAAAGAGCCAAUAUUUCCAAUAAAAAUGCUAAGUUAGAAAAAAUUGAAAAAGCUCUAGAAAAAUUCAGAGACGAAUACCAGCACUUUAAUGAAAGUCUCAAUAGAAUUGAUGCGGAUCUACAAAAAAUGAAGAAUAAAAAACCUGUUUCACAAAAUGAAGUAGAUUGUUUGAAAGCAGAGAAGAAAUCAUUAGAAGAGAAACUUGAAAAUACAGAGGCUCGUUCAAAUGAAAUCCAAAAAGAAGUAGAAUCUCUUCGAGAGCAAGUAAGAACGUUAAAAGAUCAAUUAGAUCAAGUGAAUGCAGAAAACAGAGAUCUUUAUGAACUUAAAGAAGUGUUUGAAAAACAAAUUGAAAAUCAUAAAAACGAAAAUAAAAAGUACAAAGAAACCGUUAACGAAUUAACUCAAAGCUUAAUUAAAAUUAAAGAGAGUCAUGAAUCAUUGGAAGUCGAAUUAAAAAAUUUGAAAUCUCAUGAAAAAGAAGAAGUGGUUGAUUUUCAUGAAUAUAAACAAGAAAUAGCAAACCUGGAAGCUCAAGUUCAAGAACUAAAAAAUUCUCUCCAGUACUCUGAAGACACUAAGAAUAUUCUAAAAUCAGAAUUGGAUAUAAUGAAAUCAAAGUUAACUGUUGAUCCGGAAGAAGUUUCUCUAUUAACUGAAAAUCUUAAACAGUAUAAAUUAAAAGUGGAGAACUUAGAAUCAUCUGUUGAAACAUUAAAAGAGCAACUAACUCAUUAUACUAAAGAAAAUCUCGAUCUUUCUAAUGAAAUUACAAAACUCCAAAUGCAAAGUAAGGUUGACUUAAAUGAAACUGAUUAUAGAAUGGAGGUCUGUGAUGAAAGCUUCGUGGCAGAAUCAAAAAAUCCAGUUAUAGAAGAGCUUAAUGCUCUUCGUGCUAGAAUAAUGAAAGAACUUCAAUCAUUAGAAGCUAAUUUAGAUUCUUCAAAAUUAGAACAACAAUCUGUUUGUGAAGUUUUUUGUCUUUUUGUAAAAACGUUGCUGUCCAAAGAACAAGAAGUAGUUAAAACUCUUCAUCGACGUUUCGAAAAAGAAAAGAAUCAAAUUGACGAAGAAAAAAAACAGUUACUUGAUACAGAAAAACGAUUGAAUGCUUGGAUUAAAGAGUUAGAGGCUGAAAUUGAAAAAUUACAAAGUGAUUUGAGUAAAGAAGAAGCUAAAAAUUCAUUAUUGAAAGCUCAAAUAGUAACUUUAGAAAAUUCUAUAAUGGACGCUGAUCAUGAGAAACAGUUAUUAAAAAAUAAAAUGGUGACAAUGGAGAGCGACUUUAAUCUUUUACAAAAUGACUUGGAGAAAAAUUUAAAACAUAGAGAUUCUCAAUUUAUAUCACAAGAAAAAGAAAAAUUUGUUCAAGAUGCGAUUGAAAAUUUCAAAGCAGAAUACCAAAUAAAAAUGGAUCAAGCUGUUAAAGAGUAUAAACGAAAGAUAGAAGAGCUUGUAAAUACUGUUGGACAGUUAAAAACAGAAAAUAAAGAGUUGAAAAAUAACUUAGAGGGCUUGGAGGCCAAUGAACACCAAUUGAAAUCCAUCAUAGAUUUAAAGACUAGUGAAUUAAAUACAGUAAAUAGAACAAUUCAGCGAUUACAAAAAGAACUUGAGAAUCUUAAAGAAUUGUUUAAUCAAUCAAAUGAAGACAAUCAAGCUAAGAGUUGUAAGAUUGAGGAAAUUACUGGUCUUCUUAAAGUCAAGUGUGAUAAAAUGUCGGAAUACAAGACUAAAUUAGAGACUAUCAUUCCUGAGUAUGAGACAUUAAAAAUACAGACUGAAGAGAGACAAUUACGUUUAGAAAGUUACAAGACUGAAAUUGAGAAUUUAAAAGAUGAAAAUAUGAAACAAAUAUCUACUUUAAAGGAUGAAUUAAGUUCUGAACAGAUAAAGUCGGCUGGCCUAACUAAACAAUUAAAUGAUAUAACUAAUAGAAAUACAAUGAUACAGAUGGACUUGGAAGCUUUAAAAGAAAAAUGCAAAGAAUUGGAACUACAGAAUGAUAAGCUUGUUAAAAAAAUGAGAAAUAGUACAAGUAAAGUGACUGUCGAACGCAAUAUAGAAGAACUAAAAGAUGAAAAUCGAGAUCUUGCGAAGAAGCUGGAAGGUGCAAGUAAUCGAAUAACUGAAUUACAAAAAAAUAAAGCAGAUUUAUUAAAAGAAUUUGUAGAAUUACAAGGACAAUAUCAUUUAUCCUGUCAAGAUAAUAAAAAUUUAAAAAGCAUAAUAGAAAAUUACCAAAUCAAAUUCACUAGUCCUGAAGCUCUUGAUUUUCGUUCGAAAUACGAUUAUCUAGUUUUAGAAAAAAAUAAAAUUGCUCUAGAAUUAGAAGAGAAACGUUUGACGGUCAAUCAACUGAAUAAUAUAGUUCAACAAUUAACUGUCGAAAAUGAAGAACUUAAAGAAAAAAAUAAAGAUCUGGAUGAGGAAAUGGAUGACAUGGUGAAAAAAAUUCGAGAAAUGGACGAAGAAAAUGGUGAACUCCUUAAAAAAGUCUUCGAACAUGAAGAUAGAGAAAAAUUGUAUAAAAGUAAGCUUGAAAAACUUGGUGAAACUUCUAAAAACGAUAGUCCUAAUACAUCUAGUCGAUCAAAACAACAUAGAAGUGACCUUUUUAAUCAGAAUCGAAAUCUAGAUUAUAUUAACGAAACUGAAAGCAAUAGACAACCAUGUGAGUGUGAAAAUCUAAGGAAAACAAUAGUAAAUUUAGAAAGAGAUUUAGUAUUAAAAAAUGCAAAAAUAGAGUCCUUGAAAUUGGAAUUAGAGGGCAAUGCUUUUCCGUAUAAAAAAGAGUGUGUAAAACUAGAAGAGGCUUUACAGUCAUAUAAGACUAAAAACCGUCAAUUAGCAAAUCGAAUAUUAGUUCUUGAAUCAACGUCAUCAAUCUGUGAAAGAUGUAAAUCAUGGCAUACUAAUCGAUCUGAUCAAGGAGUUCAAACUGAUGAGGAGAAGAAAACUAUUUGGAUGAAUGGAGAAAGUACAAGUGGAGUAGUUCAGAAUUAUGUUAAAGACGUACAAAAAGAUUCUCUCAUCAAAAAGUUAAAAAAAGAAAAAGAAGUAUUAAAAAUACUCAGCAUAAGUCGGCUGGAGCAAAUACGUGAACUUAAAAAGAAAAUAAACGAGUUUGAACAAAUGAAUGAAUUGAAAACGCCAUCAUCAAGUGGACAUCGAUUAUUAAGAAAUCAAGACAACUCUAUGAAGGAAAACGUACCUUCCAACGUAUUAGGACAAUCUCAAUUGAUUCCACAUCGAUAUUGGCAUAAUUAACUUCGACGUCCUAUUUUUUAAUUUUGAUAUCCAAUAAUAAUAUAUUACUUCUAUAAUUAAUUUUAAGUAUAUUUUUUAAAUAUUUUUCCGAUCGUAAGUAAUUAACGAAAAUAUACUAUACAAGAGGUUUUAUAAAUGAAUGACAAUAAAAUGA